AUGAAGGCUAUAAUAAUUUAUUUUGCACUAAUACUUGAAGCUACUUGUGCACUGAGUAAUGAAGGCUUAGAACAUAUCGAUUUACUCGAUUUGUUGCCACCUGAAGAUGCAAAAUUAAACUUCACGCAACUGUCUGUAAAAUAUGGGCACACACCGGAACAAUACGAAGUUAUCACCGAAGACGGCUAUAUACUAGCACUUUUCCGUCUACGAGGUAGAAGCCCAUCUCCGGUAUUCCUACAGCACGGUAUUUUGGAUUCAUCAGAUACCUGGUUACUGAGAGGCCCAAAUUCACUUGGAAUAACAUUAGCAAACAACGGAUACGACGUAUGGAUGGGAAAUUCAAGAGGCAAUAGAUAUUCUAGACGUCACGUUUCUUUGAAUCCAGAUGUAGAUGCAAAGUUUUGGGAUUUCAGUUUUAACGAGAUAGGAUAUUAUGAUCUGCCGGCUUUUAUAGAUAAAAUAUUAAAUGAAACGGGUGCUACAAAUAUAUCUGCUAUCGCACAUUCACAAGGCACCACAGCGUUCUUCGUAUUGGGAUCGACUAAGCCAGAAUACAAUAUAAAAAUAAAUGUAAUGAUAGCUCUCUCUCCGAUAUGCUAUCUCCAUCACUCUCCCCCGCCCAUAGCAACAUUCAUAGAACUAAAAUCUGGUGUAGAAAAAAUCUUUGAUGUAUUUAAUAUUCAUGAGUUUUUAGGCGACACCUUAGCACCUACGAAAAUUUUAAGAAAAGUUUGCGGUAUACCAGUCUUGGGAUACGAAGUAUGCCUACUUGGGUUGUAUGCGUCUUUUACCGGUUACGAUCCAUUGGAAAUAGGACCAUCGUUUUUCCGAAUAAUCAAUUCACAUUUUCCUGCUGGUACUUCCGCUAAAAGCCUCGUUCAUUAUCUUCAGGUUGGAUAUAGAAAAACUUUUGCUCCUUUCGAUUAUGGAGAUGAAAGAAAUCAAGUGAUUUACAACUCCUCAGUUCCACCUCCAUAUGCUUUGAACAACGUAACUUUUCCAACUGCUUUGUUAGCUGCUCGAAACGAUUACUUAUCUACUCUUCCUGAUGUUGAUCUUUUAAAACAACAAUUAGGUAACGUUGUGUACUACCUUGUAAAUCCUCGACUGCUAUUUAAUCACUUAGAUUAUAUAUGGGGAAGACGAAUGCCUGUGUUUUUGUUCCCAUAUAUAUUUAAAUUGUUACGAAUAUACAAUGGUUUUCAU